AUGGCUAUGAUUCGUGCUCUUCCUGUGGAGGAAUAUGGCGCUUUCACCUCUGCGCUGCUUCAGCAUGAUAUCCUGAGCAAAGAUGUUGUCACCCAGGCUUUUGUCACAGAGGAAAUCAAUCAUCGUCAUCGCACCACUUCCUCUCCCAAAGCAGAUCAAGCACUCACCACUGCUUCCUCCUCACAGCUCACCUGCAAUUUUUGUGAGAGCAAAGGACACACACAGUCCAAUUGCUAUGCUUUCCAGAAUGCUUCAAAGAAAGCCAAGGAAAAUCACAAAGAGCGCCGCUUUAAGCGUGGAAACAAGGCAAAUGCUACUGCUGCUGCUGCUGCCACCCAGAAUACCACUCAGGUUGACCCUACCACUGUCACAGAGUCUGCUGGCAAAGCAAGUCUCUCUGACCCACUUCAGCUUGAUGCUGACUUUGACUGGAAUGCAGACACAGGUGCCACUUCUCAUAUGACACCUCAUCACCACUGGCUUAGAAAUUACAAGCUUAACCUUCCUUCACUCUCGUCAGACUCUAUUUGUUGCCUCUAUCACAGAGAACUACACUGCCUUUCUUGA